CCAUGGUGGAGAGUGUUGUAUCAAGCCUGGACCUGAGAACACCAGAGACCAGAUAUGGAUUCCUCAGAGCUGUAAGACUUGUGACCAUGUUGAGGACUCCACACACUGGCUUCAGAUUGAACCCUUGACUUCCACUGUCCAGGGAGUGACAAUGUUCAGGCACAGGACACCCAAAGGGCGUUAUGAGUGCACAGUGUCUGGGCUCCGCUGGGUGUGUGACAGAGAUGUCAUUCUGAAGUAUCACUUCAGGAACUGGGAACCCUACAGUCAACUUCUGAAAGACAUGCAGUACGGACAAGGUGGUCCAUUGCUGGACAUCACUAUGGAGUUAGGUGAACUGGAGGAAGUUCAUCUGCCACACUUUGUCUGUUUAGGGACCAACCCUUCCCUGAGGAAUGAGAUGAAGAUUCUUCAUGUAGAGGAACAUGGAGUGUCUGUUGAGGAAGUGCAUGAGGUCACCAGAUUCCAUGCUAAGAUUCUCCAUCCCAAGUUCUCAGCUAUCUCUGUUAUACUGAGCUAUAUCUUUUUUGGAACGUAG